UUGGGGCCCUGAAACCCUAGUUCAGAAGAAAGCAGCAAUUUACUCAUCUUCUUCACCGCCGCUUCUGCAUUUCACUCCAUCGCUGCCGCUUCUGCAUUCGUUCAUCCAAGAUGAAGUUCAACAUAGCGAAUCCGACAACCGGUUGCCAGAAGAAGCUGGAAAUUGACGAUGACCUUAAGCUUCGUGUGUUCUGGGACAAGAGAAUCUCACAGGAAGUCAAUGGAGAUGCUUUGGGCGAGGAGUUCAAGGGGUACGUAUUCAAGAUCAUGGGAGGAUGUGACAAGCAAGGUUUCCCAAUGAAGCAGGGUGUCUUGACACCUGGCCGUGUGAGACUCUUGCUUCACCGAGGUACCCCUUGCUUCCGUGGUUAUGGAAGGAGAAACGGAGAGCGAAGAAGGAAGUCUGUUCGCGGGUGCAUUGUCAGCCCCGACCUCUCGGUUCUGAACUUGGUGAUCGUGAAGAAGGGAGACAACGAUCUUCCGGGACUGACCGAUGUCGAGAAGCCAAGAAUGAGAGGUCCGAAGAGGGCUUCGAAGAUUCGCAAGCUCUUCAACCUUUCCAAGGAAGAUGAUGUCAGGAAGUACGUCAACACAUACCGCCGAACAUUCACUAACAAAGCUGGUAAGAAAAUCAGCAAAGCUCCUAAGAUUCAGAGGCUUGUGACCCCGUUGACUCUGCAGAGGAAGAGGGCUAGAAUUUCGGACAAGAAGAAGAGGAUUGCAAAGGCAAAGUCGGAAGCUGCUGAUUACCAGAAGCUUCUUGCUUCUCGAUUGAAGGAACAGAGAGAGAAGAGGAGCGAGAGCUUGGCUAAGAAGAGGUCUAGACUCUCUGCUGCUUCCAAGCCAUCGAUUGUUGCAUAAUUUUAGUUAUGUGGUGAUUUGAAAUACACUUGGUUUGUGGGUUUUGUUCGCGAAUUUCUUGGUUCCAUUUUCGGGCCUCGUUGGUUUUAGUUUUUGAGGAUGUUUUUAAACUUUUAUGCAAUUUGACUGCUAUUUUGAUUUCUGGAGAAAAAGAUUUUGGGAUGUGGAUUUGUUGAAGUUGUUUUAGCGAUUGAUAUAUCGAUAUAUUGCUCUCUCGUUUUAUAUUUUGUUA